AGUAGAGUGCACCGGGCUCCCUGCAUUUCUCACAACCAGCCUCUAUUAAGCUACAGCUCCACGCACCAAGAUGUCGACCAGAACCAGGAAGACCACCAGCUACUCAGUGGUGACCUCUGGAUCGGCACCCCGAAAUUUCAGCAGCCGGUCCUACGCUGGCUACUCCUAUGGGGGCGCCAGCAGGGGACUAGGGGCUGGUUUGGGGGGUGCCGGUCUGGGUGUCUCUGGGGGGUACAUCUCCAGUUCUGCGGCUUACGGGGGUGGCAUUGGCCUGGGCAUGGGGGCGGGUAUGGGCAUGGGCAUGGGCAUGGGCAUGGGUACUGGUGCGGUCACUCCCGUCACCGCGGUAACCGUCAACAAGAGCCUGCUGGCACCCCUCAACCUGGAGAUCGACCCCAACAUCCAGGCCGUCCGCAACCAGGAGAAGGAGCAGAUCAAGACCCUCAACAACCGCUUCGCCUCGUUCAUCGAUAAGGUUCGAUACCUGGAGCAGCAGAACAAGAUGCUGGAGACCAAGUGGAGCCUCCUCCAGGGCCAGACCACCACCCGCUCCAACAUCGACUCCAUGUUCGAGGCCUACAUCGCCAACCUGCGGAGACAGCUCGACAGCCUGGGCAACGACAAGAUGAAGCUGGAGUCCGACCUGUACAACAUGCAGGGCCUGGUGGAGGACUUCAAGAACAAAUAUGAAGACGAGAUCAAUAAGCGCACAGAAUGCGAAAAUGAAUUUGUGGUCGUCAAGAAGGACGUGGACGAGGCCUACAUGCUGAAAGUGGAGCUGGAGGCCAAGCUGGAUAGCCUCACAGACGAGAUCAACUUCCUGAGGAUGAUCUACGAGGAGGAACUGCGUGAGCUGCAGGCCCAGAUCAAGGACACCUCCGUGGUGGUGGAGAUGGACAACAGCCGCAAGCUGGACAUGGAUGCCAUCGUGGCUGAAGUGCGCGCCCAGUACGAGGACAUCGCCAACCGCAGCCGCGCCGAGGCCGAGUCCUGGUACAAGACCAAGUAUGAGGAGAUGCAGACAUCUGCUAGCAGGUAUGGGGAUGACCUGAGGACCACCAAGCAGGAGAUAGGCGACCUGAACCGAGCAAUCCUGAGGAUCCAGUCUGAGAUUGAAAUCAUCAAGGGGCAGCGCGGCAACCUGGAGAACCAAAUCGCCGAGGCGGAGGAGCGCGGGGAGCUCGCGGUGAGGGACGCCAAGAUGCGCAUCAACGACCUGGAGGACGCACUGCAGAGAACAAAGCAGGACAUGGCCCGCCAGAUCAGGGAGUACCAGGACCUGAUGAACGUCAAGCUGGCCCUGGACAUCGAGAUCGCCACCUACAGGAAGCUGCUGGAAGGAGAGGAGGACAGGCUGGCCAGUGGCAUCAAGGCCAUCAACAUCUCCAAACAGAGCUACAGCUCAAACUACAGCCCCUUCCCAAUGGAGAGUGCACGAACAAGCUACAGCAGCUACAGCAGCUACGGCGGCGGCUAUGGGGGCAGUGUUAGCAGCGGGGUGAGCAGCGGUUUUAGCAGCGGGGUUAGCAGCGGUUUCAGCAGCGGAGUUAGCAGCGGUUUUAGCAGCGGGGUUGGCGGCGGCGUUAGCGGCAGCAUUGGAGGUGGCGUCAGCAGUGGCCUUGAGGGCGGCGACUACAGCAUCGCCCAGACCAAGAAGAGCAUCGUGGUCAAGAUGAUCGAGACCAAGGAUGGCGAAGUGGUGUCCGAGUCCUCCGACGUCAUCGAGGACUCCGAGUGACGUAGUACCGUACAGGUGUCAUGUUUUCCUCACAGCCCUGGAUAGCGCUAACAUAUUUUCAUACUCUCUAUUUCAAAGUAUUAUCACCGGGGAGUGUUUCACAACUGACACUCCAUGCAUCGGCAACGUUUUGUUUACAUAUUCAAUUUUGCAUCUGAAGUGCAAAGUAAAGUGUCUAGUUGACUUUUUUGUAGUUCAGACAAAAGACAACAAAGCCAAUGUUAUCACCCAAUAUGGUCAUAUGGUCAGUAUUCCUUACAUUUUCCUACAAAUGAGUCAUCUGGCUUGCUGACUUUUUUUAAAGACAUCCCUAACUUGUUACAAUUUUAACGAAACAUUAUAACAUGACUCAGAACACACGAUGGAGUCCAAGUCUAAUGUUGCCCAAGUCGCAUUAGGUUAUUUGAUGAGAUGCAGCUGACCAAUUCACAGCAGUUUUCUGCCUGGUUACCUCCGAUGCUCGUGUUUACAGUCACUGGUUACAGUUGAACAAUCUCUAUUACGAUAACGAAUAUGAAUCUGUCCAAAGAAUUUGCUUCACCUGCUGGUUGAAGGGGACGAUGCAAUCAUCCUUCCAUGUUUCCUGUCAUUUGAGUCAUUGAUUAGUUAAACAGAUUCGUUGAUACUUAUUUUUUUUACCGCUGAUUUUCAAAGCACAGGUGGAUAUUUGUAACCCCCUUGCAUUUCGUAGCGUUUGAUUAUGACCCAAGCUAUGUCUCUCCCAGACUCUUAACCGGUAUCUCCUAAAAUAAUAAGCCGUGAUCUUAAAUCAAAUCCUCUUCUGCCCACCCAUAGCUGGAGAUCAGUUUGCAAAGUUCCUGCAAAGUUCCUAGAGCACACGCAAGUGUCUGUCUCUCAAUUUUUUUUUUUUUUUGAUGCCAACACUGUAU